AUGCGCGUCCUCAUCAGCGGGGCAGGCAUCGCCGGUCCCACGCUGGCCUGGUUUCUUGCAAGAACAGGUGCACGUAUCACGGUCAUCGAGAAAAACGGCUCCAUCUCAUCCAGCGGUCACAACAUCGACGUUAAUCACAGUGCAAUUACCGUUAUGAGAAAGAUGGGCCUGAUCGACCAGCUUCGGCGCUUCAACACAACGGAAAAGGGAACGCAGCUCAUCGAUCCAAACGGACGACCUUUUGCGCCGUUCCCCGUCAAGAAGGGCUCGUCCGGGAGUCCUACGUCGGAGUUCGAGAUCUUGCGCGGGGAUCUGGCAACUGUUCUCCACGAGGCGACGAAAGACCACCCCAAUAUCGAAUAUCUGUUUGGCACGACCUGUUCAAAAGUCAUUUCGAACGACAACGACACGGUCAAAAUUGAGUUGAGCGACGGCCAAGUACGAGACUUUGAUCUCGUAGUCGCAGCCGACGGCCAGUGGUCCAAGAUUCGCAAGUUAGUUUUCCCUCAGGAUAGCAUCACUGUCAACGACAAAGACAUGUACGUCGUCUAUUCCACCAUUCCACGUCUUCCCAGUGACGACGACUGGUGGGACAUCUACCAAGCCCUCGGCUCCAGAAUCGUCAGCCUCCGUCCCGAUCCGCACGGCACAAUCCGGGCCAUGUUCAGUCGUAUGCCCUGCAAUGACGCCCAGAGAAAAGCUUGGCAGGAAAUGUCCAGGGGCGAUAGGAAACUCCAGCAAGAGCUCGUGAGACGUGAAUUCCAGGACGCCGGGUGGCAGGCGCCGAGGAUUUUGGACGCCAUGGAGCAGUCGGAAGACUACUACUUUCAGGAAAUCAAGCAGAUCAAGAUGUCCAAGUGGUCUAGCUCCAGGGUUGUCUGUCUCGGCGAUGCCGCGUUUGCGCCGACACCGUUAACAGGCAUGGGGACUUCGUUGGCAAUCAUCGGGGCUACAUGCUUGCAGGCGAGUUGA